AUGAAUUUUUAUUCAUGUAAUCAAAAAAAUAAUAAGACUCAAAAUAAAAAGUCUUUCUGUGAAACAGAAAAAACAUCAAUAAUUCCUAUAAAUUGUUGGGGUACAACUUUAGCAGAAAUAGGAAUUAAAGAUUCGUGGUUACCUCCAGGGUCACGUAUAAGAAACGAAAAAUAUCCUGAGAUAGAACUUUUAAGUAAAAAAGAGUUACUUGAAAGCAUUGAUAAUAUGAGGAGAAGUUAUAGUGUUGAUUCUUUAGGUAUUACUAGAGAGAAAUAUCUUUCACGUUGGAGUAGAGAAAAUACCCCACAUGAUUGUAUGGGAACUUAUGAUAGAGCAGUUAGAAGAUCAUAUUCAAAUUUAAGAGAUAUUGCUAAUGUUAGUAUUAUUAAUGAUCAAAUUAGUAGUGGAAGUAGAACUAGAAGAACACCAAUUGCACUUGUUACUACACCAUACUAUACAAAUGUUAACUAUUAUUCUGAAUCACAACCAUUAAGAAAAUAUGAUGUUUUUCAAUUAAGAACAUGGAGUUAUCCUAUUUACAAAUACAUUUAUGGACGUGAUCAAUCACCUAGUCGUCCUUACAGUUAUACUCGUGAUUUUGCUUGUACCCCAAAAUAUACCCCUCCAAUAAUUGGAGCUGAAGCAAGAGGUAUGAAUGAACGUCGUGGUUACUCAGGAUACAGUUACAUGGCUGGAGAACAUUCAUUUAACAUUUCAGCUAAACCUUGGUCAUUAGGAAGUGCAAGAGUUAUUGCAUCACCAUACAUUUCAAAGUCCCCAUCAAGUUACUACGAUCCAUACAAUGGAUUUUCUACUCUCAGACAUUAUAAUCGUUUCCGCCCACGUAGUUACUCAGCAAGAUAUAACACCUAUUGGAAGCCAUAUUAUUAA